AUGGGCCUCAUCGACAAGAUUCGAUCCAGGCUCGAAACACGCCGCCUCGAGCAGCGGUACGCACGAAGAGACAAGAGACGAACGUCCGUUCCGAACAUCCAGUAUGUCGACGGGGAGUACGUUUUGAGCGAUCUGUCAAGCAGCGGGCGCGAUUUGAAUCCAACAGCGAACAAGGCAAGGCGUACGUACAAAUGA